AAACUAAGUGCUUGGACCCUUGCAGCUGUGGAUUAAAAAACCCACAAAAUGAAGCGAAAACUUUUUAUUUGCUGUUUCAUUAUUGGCAUUUUUACUGUCCACUCUGAAACAACCAGCGAAAUCAAAUCAACCGCGAGCAACGUUGAGCUGACCUCGGUAGCAUCGCUACCUGAGACUACAUCGCUUACAUCAACUUUAGCCACAUCGCCAACGUCCGAUGAAACGGCGAAAGAUAAACGUCAAAUUGGCGCUAAAGAUGAAGCUGUUUAUGCGAAUCACCGCUCCGACACUCUUGGCGCUGACGAUCCGGAAAAUCCACAGGAAACCAUUUAUGGCCCAAAACCAACCCAAUUCAUCAUACGUCCUAUCGCACCGCAUGAACACCAGCAGCACGAAGAUCAUCAGCCGCCGCAGUUGCGUAAUUAUCCGGCAACAAUACGGCCACAUAGCACACAAUUACUGGAGCAGAGUCAAGAGAUCCAACAUUUUGCCUACCUCCAAGACAUCAACCGUAACCACCCGAAGUCGUCUGCCGUCGCUUCUGAAUUAACUGGAAAGCCGCACACUGCGCACCAACCGAAGAAAGGUACCAAAUCGGGACGAGCUCAUGCAGCACAACCACAGUACCGCGGCAACGCCGAAGAGGCCGAGCAACGUUAUGCUAUCGCCAUACAGCCACCCAAUCCAACAUCCGCCCAAGCACCACAUUAUGCAGCGCCACCCCAACAGAUUGCUCCACGUUACCAGGUUCCGGUGCAGCAACAUCAGCAACAUUUGGCGCCUUUAGGCCAACCAGGCACAUCACAACAGCCCUACCAAAUUAUACCUGAAGAAGAAUUUCUAAAACUUUUAGAAGAUGAAUUGCGUGCACGUGCUUUUCACGAAGCCCAAUACCGUCAGCAGCAAACUGCACCGGCUCCAGCACCUACUAAACCGCUACCCUUGCCACAUCCCACUCAACGCAUCGGUCAAGGUUUAGGCAGUUAUCGUCAACAAGCGCCACCACAGCCCCAAUCGCUUGGCGAAGAGCCAACGCCCGAAUACGUACAAUAUGUACCAAGACACCGCGGCGGCCCCAAAUAUCUGCCACAGCCACAGCCUCAGCCGCAGCCACAACAGCAACAAGUCGAACCGCAAGCUGAACCGGCAGCAGAGGUGCCGCCUCCUCCACAGAUACCACCGCAGCUGGCCUACUAUCAACCGCAAGUAAGCUAUAAAACCUUGCCAAAUCACCCGCUAGCAAAGUCAUCAUUGGAGAAUGAAAUUGAAAAACUGCUGGCCGCAAACAAACCUUCUACCGUACAAUUGACGGAUAAUUCUAACGAACCGUCUGGUGUAGUACAUCAACAAUAUCAAGUGCCACAACAGCAAUUGCAACCGCGCCCGAUACAACGUCCACGUCCACAUGCGGUGCAGCAGAAAAUUUAUUCGUCACCAAGCGGUUCACAACCCACACCCACACCUCUGGUAGAUGCCAACAAUCAGCCAUUUAUACCGUCUUUAUUUAGAUUCAGCAACUUACAACAGCCAACGCCCAUCUAUCCCACACAAUUGCCACAGCACGUCGUUGAAUCAAAGAAAUUGGGACCCGUAGUAUAUCCAGCUACGCAGGCGCCCGCGCCCGCACAACAACCACAGCCCACACAGUAUUUCUAUCAGGAACUAACACCUACAGCCAGACCUAAAUCUCUACGUUCGAAGCAAUAUGGCUCCAAAGUUUCCACUUCCUCACCGAAAUUGCGCGAAAAGGAACCACCAAACUACCCAAAUGUGCCUGCCGCAGCUAAGUAUAUUAACCCACAUUUGUAUUACGAAUAUGAUCGGCAACCCAAUGGCCGGAGCACACCUGCACAAUUCCAUCCCAGCCCUCCUGAUCCGAACACACCGAUAGCCGAACAACAUCCACAGCCUCAGCCACAAGCACAUAUACAACAACUUUCAGCACCAGCGCCGCCACGAUCGCAAGCACACCCAGGCCGACAAUACAUUUUGCCCUCUCCAGCACCAUCGCAAUCGAGUAUUUACGUUUCGCAAGGCACAGGCAUCUCUACACCCACGCGUAGCACUGCUGUCAAAACAAAGUCCAUCGAAGAUGUACGCCAAUUGCAUUUACCACAACCCGGCGGUAAGCCACUCACACAGAGCGAAUUCCAGGCGUUGAUUGAUGCUGGGUACCCAGUCACAGCUGUGCCCGUGCCAAUACCCGUACCUUACGAGCAGUAUAUCAAAGAGCAUCCCGAGUACCGCAAUCAGCCAGUGGACUAUGCCCAGCUGAUGCAGCGUAUAGCUCAGCAAUAUGGUCCACGUAGAGGACUUCAAGCUCAACCCUCUGAACCAACUGCAAACGUUGUGUCUGCAAUGUCCGACGCACAGAGCGCGGCAGCUAUAGAUGAGGGAAACAUAACAUAUCUACGUCCAGUGCCUGAACCGAAAAGGCAUCCCCGUGAGGAGAAGGAAACAGCAGUCGCUGGGAAGAUGGAUGAAGCCAAACAAUAAUGUGCGAAUAAAUAUACAAAUGUAACAAUAGCUUUUAACUGUAUUUUUCGUCAAGGAAACGAAACAUUAUGUAUAGUCGAGAACAGCACAAUACCGAGCCAAGAAAAGAGCAAUAUUUAAAGUGUGUAUUUAGCAACAAUUAAAAAAAAGUGGACAAUAUUUGGAUAGGCAAGCAUUCGAAACGAAUGGUCAUUCAUUGGCGUGUGCCACAAUUCGGUGCCUGAAUGUUAUUUGUGUGCAUACAA